AUGCUGUUGACCAGUCAGGGGACGGAGGUGGAGGAAGGAGUAGCAAGGCUGGUGAUGGGCCAGGGGCCACCAGAGGAUGCAGAAGGGGGACGACGUCGCGCUUCUCGCCACCUCCACAUCCUCCUUAUCAGCGGCGGUGCAACUCCAGCAGGGAAGGGGGACGACGCUGCGCUUCUGAUGCUGGUUCACAUGCAGGUUUCAGAGAGUAGCACCAUGCAUUGCAUGAUGACUGUGGGUGAUCUUUGCAAGACAAUGCUUUUGAGUAUCGGAAUUAUGGUCAUUCUCAAAAGGGUUAAUCAGUCAUCUGUUCGUCUGUAUUGCUACUCGGGGAGGUAA